CGUGACGCGGGGUGACGCCGCCGUGCCCGGGAGCUGACACUCGACGCAGGGGUCGCGCCGCGAGCGGCGGGCAGGGCACGCGCGCAACCACCACCGCUGCCGCCACCGCGGCUACCGGAGCGGGGCCCGCGCCGCAGGGACAGCUCUGAUUGUGAACAGGAAACAAACACUUCCCAAGCAGAAUGUGGCAAAGUGUUUGCCGGAAAAGGUGAAAUUUCUUGGGGUGGAGAUGGCUGAUAGGAGCGCGAAGAUCCUUCCAGGACAAUUGUACAUUGAAGUGGAGUAUGACUAUGAGUAUGAGGCCAAGGACAAGAAAAUUGUAAUUAAACAGGGGGAGAAAUACAUAUUAGUGAAGAAGACUAAUGACGAUUGGUGGCAAGUGAAAAGGGAUGAAAAUUCCAAACCCUUUUACGUGCCAGCACAGUAUGUGAAGGAAAUACCACGGAAAGCACUGAUGCCACCUGUUAAGCAAGCAGGCAUGCUGCCAAAUAAUGCUUUAAAGCUGACGCAUGGAUUACAGAGAUCGACAGAAAAUGUGAAUAAGUCACCAGAGCUUUCUAGUUUUGGGAAAUCUUCUCCUGUUCAAGUGUCUUGUUUAGUUCGAGAUGCCAAUCAAAAUCUGGGACCAAACAAUAGCCCCGGUCAAACUCUUGGUUUGAGUCUGGACCUUACUCAGAACAAUGGAAAACUUAACAACGAGUUGCAGUCUCCCAAGGUUUCCAAUCAGUUUCGAACCAUCUCCAUGGGUCAUUUCCCAUGUCCAGAGUUCUUGGAAAUAGAGAAGACCAGCUUUUUGCAUGAACAGUCUUGUGACUCGGCAGGAGAAGGCUCAGAAAAAAUUCACCAGGAUUCAGAAUCUGGAGAUGAACUCAGUAGCAGCUCCACUGAACAAGCACAGCCAACUACUCCACCAAGCCAAGGGAGGCCUGAUUCACCAGUUUAUGCUAAUUUACAAGAACUGAAAAUAUCUCAGUCUGCACUUCCACCACUACCUACAAGUGCUCCAGUCCAAAUAAAUGGGGAAUGGGAAACCCAUAAAGAUACAACAGGACGCUGUUAUUACUACAACAGAGGAUCACAGGAACGAACCUGGAAACCUCCACGUUGGGCCCGAGAUGCAAGCAUUAAUAAAGGGGAUUCCCAGAGCCAUGCAGAUCAUGAGCAUCUUUCAUCAGAAGAAAACGACCACAGUUCUUGUUACAGCCAGUCAGAUAGUCAGUACGGUUCUCCUCCAAAGGGUUGGUCAGAAGAGUUGGAUGAACAUGGUCAAACCUUAUAUACCAAUGACUAUACUAAUGAAAAGUGGCUAAAACAUGCAGAUGAACAAGGUAGACCAUACUACUACAGUGCUGAUGGUUCCCGAUCAGAAUGGGAGUUACCAAAGUAUAAUGCUUCACCACAGCAGCAAAGAGAUAUAAUAAAGAGUAGGAGUCUGGACAGGAGGCUACAAGAACCGAUAGUUUUAACAAAAUGGAGACACAGCACAAUUGUGUUGGACACCAACGAUAAGGAAUCAUCAAGCUCUUCUAAGGCCAGUUUUCCUGAAAAUGAGUCCUCUCCUUCUUCACCGAAGCAUCAAGCCACAGGUCAAGAGAAAUAUGGAUUAUUGAAUGUGACAAAAAUUACAGAAAAUGGGAAGAAAGUUCGAAAGAAUUGGAUGUCAUCCUGGGCGGUAUUACAAGGUUCAUCACUGCUGUUCACUAAAACCCAAGGAAGUGGAACUGGCUGGAAGUUUGGUGUGAAUCAGUCCAAGCCAGAAUUUACAGUGGAUCUCAAAGGGGCAUUGAUUGACUGGGCUUCAAAGGACAAAUCCAGCAAAAAGAAUGUCAUUGAGCUAAAAACCCGCCAGGGAACUGAACUCUUAAUUCAGUCUGAUAAUGACAGCUUCAUUAAUGAAUGGUAUAAAGUCCUUAACUACACCAUCAACAAUCAGGUAGUAGAAUCUGAUGAAGCAUUAGAAGAUGAGGUACCAGAUUCUCCUGGGGUGGAAAAACAAGACAAAGAAAAAGAGAAUAAAGACUCUAGGAAACUUCGUUCGGUGAAAAUGCCUAGCAAUAUCGAUACCACAGAUCAGAAAAAGACCAAAACGAAGCUCAAGAAGUUUCUCACACGACGACCUACAUUACAGGCUGUCCGUGAAAAAGGCUACAUUAAGGAUCAAGUGUUUGGUUCCAAUCUCACCAGCUUGUGUCAAAGAGAAAACAGCACGGUGCCAAAGUUCGUGAAGCUGUGCAUUGAGCAUGUUGAGGAACAUGGAUUAGAUGUUGAUGGCUUAUACCGAGUUAGUGGUAAUCUUGCAGUGAUACAGAAGCUAAGAUUUGCAGUCAAUCAUGAUGAGAAGCUUGACUUAAAUGACAGUAAAUGGGAAGAUAUACACGUCAUCACAGGAGCUCUAAAGAUGUUUUUCAGAGAACUGCCAGAGCCGCUGUUCACUUACAACCACUUCAAUGACUUUGUCAAUGCAAUUAAGCAAGAACCGAGACAGCGUGUCAAUGCUGUUAAAGAUCUAAUCAAACAGUUGCCAAAACCAAAUCAGGACACUAUGCAAGUGCUCUUCAGACACCUGAAGAGAGUUGUAGAAAAUGGAGAAAAGAACCGAAUGACCUAUCAGAGCAUAGCAAUAGUUUUUGGUCCAACCUUAUUAAAACCGGAGAAAGAGACUGGUAACAUAGCAGUCCAUACAGUGUACCAGAACCAGAUUGUAGAAUUAAUCCUACUGGAAUUGAAUGCCAUCUUUGGACGCUGACAUUUUCAUGGAGUGCAAACUGGAAGUGAUGGGUUGGAAGCAGUAUUCCAUCAGGAGGAAAAUCUCUCACUGUAUAUGAUGUAUUAUGUUUGUGGACCAAGAAGCAACUUGAUUUUUGCACUUUUGGGGGAGGGGAAAAACAGGAGAAGUGUUUUACCACUUUAAUGCAAAUCAGAGACAACACUUUGCUUGUUUGGAUUUCUUUGAAAAAUUCAUUGUAAAAUAGCAAAUUAAAAAGUUUAUAGUUUGCCUUUUUUUUUUUUUUUU